UGAUAAAUUUUGUGAUGACACAUAAUUAAUCCAAUUAGUAACUCUACUCUUUAGUUGUUUAUUGUUGUUGUGGAAACUUGAUCGGACUCCCUUUCAAAGGCAAAAAAAAAAACUUGAUCGAACAUUACUUGGUAUGAUACUGACUCCCUUUUUGGUUUGAUCGGCGACAUGAAAAGAAGUCGGCAAUUCAAGCGAGUUGCAGUUUCACCCAAACCUAAGAAAUCCAUUCCCAUCCCCACCGCCGACCAGAUUCGGUCGUCUCAGAGAUUAGAAGCCGACGCCAACCCACCUCAGCUAUCCCUUCAUAAAUUACCGAUAUUGCCCUUUUCCUUCUUCCAAAUUGAUUCCCUAGACCUUGCCCCACGAUUGCUCGGAAAAUUUCUCAAGAGAGAUGAAGUCAUUCUUCAGAUCACCGAGGUAGAAGCUUAUAGACCCAAUGAUUCAGCUUGCCAUGGUCGAUUUGGCAUUACAGCAAGAACAGCUCCUGUUUUUGGAGCAGGUGGACAUGCCUAUGUCUAUCUUUGUUAUGGUCUUCAUUCAAUGCUCAAUGUUGUAGCUGACAAGGAAGGUGUUGGAGCUGCUGUUUUGAUUCGUUCUUGUGCUCCAAUUUCUGGAAUCGAGAUUAUUCAGCAGCGUCGAGGUCAGAAGACUGAUAAGCCUGUUCUUCUUAGUGGACCCGGAAAGGUUGGGCAAGCACUGGGCCUUUCAACAGAAUGGUCCAACCAUCCACUCUUCAAUGCUGGUGGAUUGGAAAUUUUGGAUGGUCCGGAGCCUGAAAAGAUUUUGGUCGGCCCACGUGUUGGCAUCGAUUAUGCUUUACCAGAACAUGUAAAUGCACUGUGGAGAUUUGCUAUUGCUGGUACACCUUGGAUAAGUGCUCCUAAAAGCACACUCAGGCCACCCUAACACACCAAAACAGAUUGUUCUUUUCCCUUUUUUUGGAGUAUGAUUCAUGUACAGCGGUAACUCAUCCUGCAGCUUAAAUGUGAAUUGUUAGAGAUUUUAUAAGCAUUUUUUUUGAAUAGCAGAGGAUUUUAUAAUUCAAUAUUGUAAAUACACCAAACUCCCUUUUAUAAUGAAGAAAAUCUGCUCAUGCCA